AUGACUGCGUUGAGAUUCGUUAAAUCCGUCUGGGAAUCCUUCCGGGCUACCUCGGGUCUUGAGCCUCGACUUUUGAACAAUCUCCAAGUCACCGCCGCGAGACCUGGGACAGUCAACUUUGAACUGGUGAUCCAAAAAGAGCAUACAAACCGCCUCAAUAUUCUUCAUGGCGGCACUAUUGCGAGCAUGGUUGAUCUCGGAGGCUCCCUAGCCGUGGCUUCUCGAGGGCUUUACGCAACUGGCGUAUCUACCGAUCUGAAUGUGACCUACUUGAACUCCGGGGGCAGAAUUGGUGAUAAAAUCAUGGCGGAGGUUACCUGUGAUAAAUUCGGGAAAACCCUCGCAUAUACUAACAUUAAGUUCACCAAUGCAAAGGGUGAGGUUGUUGCUCGCGGGAGCCAUACCAAGUAUGUGAGCAUUGCUUGGAAAGAUCCUCAAAACAUCGUGGAGGAGAUCAACAAGCUUCAGUGA